AGAUGCUAAAACAUACAUAUAUCAAUGUAUAAAGUAGUAUGGAGACAAUUAUCAGAGUUAAUCUGUAUGAUCGAAAUUGAAACCAAUGGACAAGCUAAAAUUUUAUCAUGGGAUGAUAAUAGUAAUGAUUCAAAUCAGUCAGAUGAAAUACAAUUUCGCGUGAAAAUCUCUCCUAAUGAAGGAUUAUACGCUCAUGCUGAAUAUGAAUUUGAGAUAAUAAUUCGUUUGGAACAUUAUGGAGAAACCCCAGUUGUUCGUUGCAUGAGUCAUAUAUAUCAUCCAAAUAUUGAAGAUUAUGAUAUUGGUGGAGCUGUUUGCCUUAAUUUACUUCAAAACUGGAAUAUUGGAAUGGGCCUUAAAGCUAUCAUUAAUGGUUUACUGUUUCUAUUCUAUGAACCUAAUGAACAAGAUCCAAUUAAUGAGCACUUUAUUAUUCCAUCUGGAUCUAGUUUUCAACAAGCAGUUAUCGAAUCUUUACAAGGAGGCAGUUAUUCACAUUAUUCAGGACUACCAAAUAAAGCUUGGUGUAUUUGGUAUAAUAAAAAUAAGAUAAUGGAACAAAAGGAUUCAAAUGAAAUUACUGAGAAAAAUAAUAAACCAGAAAAACAUUUAAAAUAUAACUAUAGUAAAUAUCUUGGAUGUAAUGUACAUGAUGAAGUUAUUGAUCAGCAUCUACAUGAAGAAACUGAUGAACAAUAUGACUGUGACUAUCCUAGUGAUCAAAAUAAUAGUCCAUCGAUCUCAUCAGAGAAACAAAGAUAAAUAACAAAUCAUGUACAGUUGUGUCCGACUAAAUGAUCCUCGCGUCACAUACUUUACAAAUGAAAACAUAAAUAUCAUUAUUACUGACUUCAAAAGAUAAUAAAUCAUUCUAAUAGAACCUACUUCUGAACCAUUGAAACAUUAUUCAGUCAUAUAAAGUUAUUCGUUUAGUUACCAAUGGAAAUCGAGAUACACUAGUUCAAAAUUAUUCUAUUUUAACACUUAAAUCAUUUUCUUCUGUUUUAGGCUUUUACUUAUUUCCACUUAUUUUGUUCAAGCACUUGUACAUUUUUCAAUGGAUUGAAAAUGUCAUUUUUCUGGCACAGUACUUCACAUUUCAAAUAUAUUCAAGCACCACAAAAAUUAUUAUCAUUAACUUGCUUCAUAUUGUGUUUAUAUAUAUAUAUAGUUGAAAAAAUCUGAUAGUCAUGUCGCUUUUAAUAAGCUUAU